AUGGAAAACCACACCACUGUGACUGAAUUUAUUCUUUUGGGACUUUCCAGUGACCCACAACUUCAAUUUUUACUGUUCUUUGUAUUUUGGGUAAUAUAUCUAAUCACCCUAGCAGCAAAUGCAGUCAUCAUGUUGGUGAUAAAAGCUGAUUCUCACCUUCACACCCCCAUGUAUUUCUUCCUUUUUUACCUAUCCCUUAUUGAUAUCUGCUAUUCCUCAGCCAUUGUCCCUAAGAUGCUGGUGAAUUUUCUAGCAGCACAUAAGACUAUUUCUGUCAAUGCUUGUUUUACCCAGAUGUUCUUCAUGCUUUUCUCAGGUUCUUGUGAGAUAUCCAUGCUCUCAGCAAUGGCUUAUGAUCGUUAUACUGCCAUAUGUAAGCCGCUGCAUUAUGCAGGGACUAUGAACAAAAGAGUGUGCAGGCAACUCGUGGGUGCUUCCUGGACAAUGGGUGUUAUGCAUUCCUUGGUCAAUACAGUUCCUGUGUCCAAAUUGCACUUCUGUGGGCCCAAUGAAAUUGAGCAUUUUAGCUGUGACCUUCCCCAUCUACUUACACUGUCCUGCUCCAGGACAUUCAUCAACAAAAUAGCUCUUCUUUUUUCUGCUGUUAUCCUUGGUUUUGGAACUUUCCUCCUUACAUUGAUUUCCUACAUACACAUCAUUUUCACCAUCUUGAGGAUACGCUCUGCAGAGGGUAGACGUAAAGCCUUCUCCACCUGCAGCUCCCACCUCAUUGUGGUGGGUUUAUUGUAUGGAGCAGGUUUUUUUCAGUACAUGAAACCCAGUUCAAUUUCUUCAGUUACCCUAGAUCAAGUUUUCUCCAUCCAGUACAGCAUCUUAACCCCCAUGGUAAACCCCAUCAUUUAUAGUCUUAAAAAUGAAGAAGUGAAAACAGCCUUGGGCAGAAUUUUCACAAAAAAAAAAAAAUGUUUCUCAACUGAUGUAAAUAGAGUACAACUGUAA